CGAGCAGUGCGCACAGUCGCUUUAAUAUUCAACUAGGUUACCUAUUAAUAGAUCAUAUGACCACAUUUUCCAAGUAGAGACCUACGAGCCCAUUUUAGAAUACAUGCUCGCUGCCUGGCACCAAAACGUGUUUUCAGUGAUGGUGACAUUGUGAUAGGUCGUCUCGAAGGGUGGACAGAAGGUGCGCACCUAACUUCCCAUAGACAUUGUGCUGUGGUUACUGCAUCGAAAGAGCAUGAGCAGCAGCAGACUUUUACGACUGCAAUCAUGUCGUUUUUAUUCCGGUGGUUUGAGAGCGUCGUAUCACCGGACCCUGGACAGGAUCGAGUUAAUGCUGCCGCCUAAAUUAAGACCCAUCUACAAUCAUCCUGCUGGGCCAAAGACUGUUUUCUUCUGGGCGCCUGUUUUUAAAUGGGGUUUAGUUGUGGCUGGAUUUUCUGAUAUGACCCGGCCACCAGAAAAGCUCAGUUUCUCUCAGUCCUGCGUCAUUACAAGCACAGGAAUAAUUUGGUCAAGGUACUGCUUGGUGAUCAUUCCCAAGAACUGGGCUCUGUUUGCUGUUAACUUCUUCCUGGGCGUAUGUGGAACCGUCCAGCUCUUUAGGAUAUGGAGGUACAACCAAGAGCUAAAGGAGAAAGGAGAGGAAGUGCAGCAGACUUGAAGUACCCUUUAGUCUGACAGAAGUGGAGCGGUGAUGCAAUUUUGCAGUUUUUUCUGUUACUGUAAAAGCAAUGAAUCAACAUUUUGCACACAUAAUUCGUGUUGUAUAGAUCAAACAAAUCUGUGUAAAAUAGAAGUUUGUUUUCAAAAGCAUCCUAAUAUUAUAAUCAUAUUAAAAUGUUGUCACAUAAAAUUGAGAUGUGCUGAUUGUAAUUCUGUUAUUCUUGAUUGUAUAUGGUGUUGUUAUUCUGGUUUCUCAGUUUAAAAGUGGUCAUAUCAUUAUAAAAAAAUAAGUUACCGGAGGGGUGCCUAUAAUGCCAAGACUUCAUUAUUAGGUUGCUUUGGAUAAAAGUGCCUGCUAAAUUAAUUAAUGUAAAUGUAACACAUCUUUGUGUAAAUGUGCCAUACAUGCUACUAAGAUCAGACUGAAAUAUCCAGGGAUAAAAUAAGAACAUGUUUUGAGUUCAGAAAGUCGCAAUGUUUUUCUUGUACAACAUGUUUUUUUUUUUUUUUGUCAAAAGAUUAUGGGGUCAUUUGAUUCCUCCAUUUGAUAUGACCCCUUUAAAGUCCUGCAUGAAUGCACUGAAUGCCAAAUCAAUGUUGUGUAAAGGCAUUACAGGUACUGUCUACAGAACAGUCACACAAUGAUAGACAGAAUGUAUUGAAGUGUUAAGUAUUAGUUUAUUAAAUCAAAGUUGAAUUACCAUUGA